AGUUCGGGGAUAAUUUUGAUACCCAAGUUCCCGAGUUGGGCGGACCACAAUUUUUAAACAUGGCGGAGGGGAGAACGAUUGCUGCUGUGACAGGGGGACUUUAAAUAAAAUCAUGCACUGCACAGGCAGACCAGCAGGUGGCGAUAUGAUGUGUAAAUUCGCCCAGAAGCGACCAGAAGAAGAAAACAGCUUCAUAUGCAUUCUGAUGACGUCAGUCACAUGACCACGUGGAAGUGAAUAUGGUUUAUGAAUCCUGUCAGAGGCCGAAACGAACAUCUUUUACUCGUUGGAUACCUUUUACGUUGAGUUCCCACUCAGUGAGAUUAACUGUCGCGAUUCGUAGAUUGCAAACAUGUCGUGGGUGAAAUCAGUGGCGUCUAGUGAGGAUGUGUUUGACGAGGAUGUGGAUGAUAUAAGUCUGCAGAACAAAGAAUGGAAAUACAACAUGGAAAAACGCGCAAAGGGUUAAAAAUGAAGUUACUCGAUUAAUAACACGAUAUUACGAGUCUAUGGACCAUGAAGUUCACAGAGUUUCCUGUGGCAGUAUAUAGACGGAAAGUGAAACUACAGUCAUAAUACACGUCGAUCUUCCUGGACGCAAACAUGGUUGACAAGUAAAGGGAGACACCUUCACAUUUAGGUUUGAACAGAUGACCAGAUACUUAGAAGUGCAGUUUACGGUCAGCUCCUGUAGCUGGACUAGUCUUACAGAUGUACUUUAUUUACAGACACUGCUCAAAUGUAUUGGUACGAGACAUGUAAGAUCUUAUCAGGAGAAAUAAUAUUUGUAUAUGGCUAGCGCUCUGGAAGUGGAAGCAGCUUGCACUUGAUAACUGCACAUCCUUCAGUUUGAACUUAAUCUAAGAAAAGUAGAUUUAUUGAAAGCUAUCCCUGUAUCUUGUGCCAACAUGGGGAACAGUUUGGACUGUUGUGGGCAAAAAAAUCCAUGUGACCAUACAGAGGAUGAGACUAAAGGUUUACUGCACAGCUCUGAAUCAAAGACAUCAACUAAGGCAGGAACAGAAGUCGGGAUCAGUCCAACUUCAGAUGAGGAGCACAGGCAUGAAGAAGUAACAAAACAACAGCUGGAUGAAUUGAUUGUAACCAAGCAGCCAAAUGCAGAGGCUCAAAUUCUUAAAGCACAGAGUUCUUACUCUACAACAAUAUCAGUGUUGCACACUGAAGUCUCUCUUGCUGCUGAAGUUAAUGACAAUGUUUCACCUGAAAAGGCUCCAACAGAAAUUAUAAUCUUAGAUAAAGAAACUCCAAAAACAAAGACUGAAGUUACUGAAGAAAUCCAAAACAUUGCAGCUGAAGUCUCAGAAGCACCUCAAGACACAGUCGAAGCACCUGCUGAGAUUGUUGCCUCGGUGAAAGGGGAGAUAGAGGCUCAGUAUGGAUCAGUUGAAAAGGUUGCAGCUGCUCUGACAGAUGAUGCAGGUGCUACCGCAACCAGUUCAGACUCAACAGUUGCACCUGCUGAGGAGACACCUGUUGAGGAAGCACCUGUUCAGGAGGUACCUGUGCUUACUCUGGUAGAAGCUGAGAAGAACUUCUCCGAACCAGAGCCAGAAACACAUAUGGAGAAGAUUGCAGAUGAGAAGGAAAUUAUCCAAACUGAGGGACUGUCUCUGAAUGACACCACUGAAGUUACACAUGAAAAAGUUGGUCUCAAUGACACUGGGGAUGUUUCUUUGAUGGACAACAGCAGCACAGAGCAUGACUCAUGUGUUUUAGCUCAGUCUAAUGAGUCGGAUGUUACUGAGAAAAGCGUAGCUGAAGUGACUGCUGAGGAACCCAUCACUGAGCCAACAGCUGAAGUGGAGGAGAAACGUUCAGAGGAAACCCAUUCUGAGAUGGCAGAACAGGAGGAGGAAACAUCUGAAGCUUCUCAAACUCAGGAACAUUCGCAGGAAGUUUCAUCUCCAGAUAUUACCAAUGCACUCGCUCCUGGCAUUGAAAACGGGCUAGUGAAGGACUCUGAGAAUGAAAGAAAUGCUGAUGUCAAAGUUGUGGAAGAGCUGCCUCAAGAAGAAGACAUAGUCCAGAAACCAAAUGAGGACGCCUUGGAAACUGAGAGUCAAGAGCAACUGCCAUCUAAGCCCUCUACACAAACUGAAAGCACUAUUGAGGUGAACAAACCUGAAGUCACAGACAUUAUGACAGAUCUAGAAAAGAGUGAAAAGCUUGCAGAGCAAGAGCGUGAGGCUACAGAACCAACUCAGAAUGGCCUGGACUCCACAUGUGCCUCAGUGCCAUCAAGCCCUAUUCAGAAAACCAGAGCCCCUGAGCCAAUGAGUGAUUCUGUGGCUGUAGAAGACACUGAGGCCAAAGGUGAGGUUGCUGUGGUGAGUGAUGCAAAAUUACUGGAGGAAGUUGUAAAAGGUGUUGCAGAGACUGGACCUCAACAAACAGAAGAGGAAAAGGAAAUACAGGAAAAGGAAGCUAGUGUGGCCCAGGAAAAUGAAGGAAAAGAAGACACUUCCAACACCCAAAAAGAAGAGAUAAUUUUUAGCAGUGGCUUUGUAGAGAUGAAGCUUAUACCUCCAAAAGAGACAGAAGAAAGACUGGAGGAAGUUCAAGAGCCACUGGAUGAGAGUGCAGACCUGUAUCUGGGAGCUGAGGAGAUUGAAAUGGGAGCCAGCAAUAACAAGCCAUCCGAACCACUGCUAGAGCUCACAAUUCCUGGCGUAGAAACCAGAUGUAGCUUAGCACCAGCUGUGGACAUACUGGCCUACAGUGAGCAAGAAUGGAAGGGUAACACAUCCAAAAGCACUCUCAUCAGAAAGGGCUACAGUGAGAUGUCCCAUAGCUUCAGUGGUCUGAGAAGAGUCAGAGGGGAUAAUUACUGUGCCCUCCGUGCCACGCUGUACCAGGUGCUGGCAACCAGCACAAACAUGCCCACCUGGAUAGAGGAUGAAGGCUUUCUAUUGUUGCCAGAGACGAUUGAAGCUCAGGAACAUUUGAUUGGUGGAUGGGUGUUUCCCCCAGAAUGCAAGUGGGCAAGUGAGAAGGAGAACUCUGUGGAGAGAUUGAAAUACUAUUUGGAUCUCCUUAAAAAGAAGUGGCAGGCAGCAGUGGCAUGUGAGAGCCCAGAGGAGAAGCAGAAUUUGUGUGAGCAUGUGUUUCAGGGUGGAGAGGAGGAGUAUGGUCUUCUGGAAGCACUCAAGUUUCUGAUGCUGGCCAAAGCCAUUGAUCUUCAUCAAAAAAUGGUGGCAGAUCAAGAAGUGCCUGUGUUCUGCUGGCUUCUUUUUGCCCGCGACACAUCAGAAAACCCCAAAACCCUCCUGGCCAAUCACCUGAGCCAGAUCGGCUUCAGUGGAGGGGUAGAACAGGUAGAGAUGUUUCUAUUAGGCUAUGCCUUAAAGUACACCAUUCAAGCCUUUCGUCUGUACAUGACUGACACAGAGGAGUUUGUGUCACAUUACCCAGAUGACCACAAGCAGGAGUGGCCCUGCGUGUGUAUCGUCACAGAGGACGAUCGCCAUUACAACGUCCCUGUCAGGAGGACCGUUCAACACCAGCACAUUCAACAGGAUAUCACAAUGACCUAACUUUAGAGACAUCAGAGAACAAAUCUGAUCUACAAAGUGGCAUGAUGUUUUGUUUCUGAUAUGAUCUGUUGGUCAUCCAAUGAAUGAAAAGGUGAAGGGAAUUUACAGCAAUCUACCAAGAUCAAAUUGCAAGCAGAAGUGCUCAGGUUUUUCCCCCCAAAUGAAUCACAGAACGAACAUCUGCCUGUCAGGAAAUGCUGUGAUGAUUAACACUGGUUCAGAAAGGAAAAGAAAAACCUUACUGCCUUUUUAACCUUGAUUUUUUUUUUUUUUUUUUUGUAUUAUGCACUGUUGGAAAUUGCGUUGAUUUACAUUGUCAAUGUUUAAAAAAAAUACUAAAGAGUUUACAACAAUAAUUUUAGAGAAUUUUAAUUCAAAAGAAUGUGUUGUGAGUAUAGUAAGAGAUUAUGGUCAACCUACUGUAAGUUCUUAGUUGAAUUUAUAUUGUUAGAGACUGUCAUUUUUAAAAGCAUUGGUACUUAAAAAUGGACAAUUGUGACAGUAGAACUUUCCCAUACUGGUUUUGAUUUUUACUGCCAUGACUGUUUUUUGAACUCUUUAAAUGAGGUUCUACACAAAAUAUCACCAGUUUUAAAAUUAGAGCACUUAGACUCUUAAAGUCAGAAUAACAUUGGUUGCCAUCGUGUUGUGUUAUGUUUACAUGUUCUUAACAGACACAGGAAGCAACAAUAACGUGCAUAAAUCACGUUAACAGGCAGCUUGUGAAACGCGUAGAUGCCAAGAAGAGUUCACGAUAUCUUAAUAUUCAGCUCAUUGUGGAGUUAAGCAAAAACUACUUGCACUUUUUAUUUUGGUGUUUUUUUUUUUCCUGCCCAUCUGAAUUUUUGUAUUUAUCACUUAAGAUUAACACUGAAUAACUUGAUUGCCAAAAAUACGAAGUUAUACAGUAUUGGUUGUAAAAAGCUAAUUUUUUCAAGAACUGGAAGACAAGAUAAUUUGAGGAAAUAUGAAUAAAAUAUUCUAUGACUCAC